AUGGUGAAUGAACUUUUGUCUGCGUGGGGCCCCCGUGCUAAGUUCGUUGAUGAUCUUACCGCUUUGGAAAUUGUACCUAGAAAUUCCCCUUCCUUGAUGAAUCAUAUCGUGGCAGAUAUACACUCGUUUGCUGAAGUGAACAAUAUGAAGCUGAAUCCUGCCAAGUGUAAAGAUAUGAUUGUUAACUUUCUUCAUUUCAAUACUAGUGUUUUGCAACCUAUCAUCAUUGGUGCAACACGCGUGGAAUCU